AGGGUUAUAAAAAGAGCAAAUACCAAGAAGGGUGAACAAGAGAAGAAAGUCAAGGCAAGGAGGAGCCCAAAGCUGGCAGAUCGGGAGGAUUUGCAGGGGAGAAGGGGGGGGAAGAUUGGAAAUGCAGCUCUGGAGUUUGCUGCUGCCUCUUGCGCUUCUCUGUACAGCCCUAGCCAGUGGACCCGAAUGUGGGAUGGACGAGCGCUCCCGCAGGGCACGAAGGGACACCAGGCACAGCCGCCAGCUCCUCCACACUGCCCCGGGCACCUGUGCCACCAGGUUAGCCCGAGGAAGGCGCUCCACUGCUGGGCUGGAGCCUGGGCAUGUCCCCCGCAGGAGGCAACAGCGGGAGGUAAAGGACGAAGAGGAGUCCCUUACCCCGAGCAGGGCGCUCUAUUUCAGUGGCCAAGGUGAUCAGCUGCGGCUGAAGGCAGACGUUGAGCUGCCCCGAGACGCCUUCACUUUGCAAGUGUGGCUGAAAGCCGAAGGCGGACAGAGAUCUCCGGCUGUCAUUGCAGGACUGUAUGACAAAUGUUCUUACACCUCCCGUGACCGAGGCUGGGUCCUGGGGAUUAACACCGUCAGUGACCAGGGGAACAGAGACCCCCGCUAUUUCUUCUCGCUGAAGACGGACCGUGCUCGCAAAGUCACCACCAUUGCAGCACAUCGCAGCUACCUCCCCAACCAGUGGGUGCACCUGGCUGCCACCUAUGACGGGCGCCUGAUGAGACUCUACGUCAACGGCGCCCAGGUGGCCACGAGUGGAGAGCAAGUGGGCAGCGUCUUCAGUCUGCUGACCUUGAAGUGCAAGGUGCUCAUGCUGGGAGGAAAUGCCCUGAACCAGAAUUAUCGGGGCUACGUGGAGCACUUCAGCCUCUGGAGGACAGCCCGGUCUCAAAAGGAGAUCUUGUUGGACAUGGAGCAGGCGAUUCACAGGCCCGACACGCCCCUACCUCAGCUCGUUCUUCAAGACAGUUUACUGAAUGUGAAAAGCAGCUGGUCUCCCAUGAAGGAUGGCAGCAGCCCUCAGACCAAGUUCAGCUACCACCACGGCUACUUGCUGGACACCAGCCUGGACCCUCCUCUCUGCGGACAGACAGUGUGCGACAACACGGACGUCAUCGCCAGCUACAACAAACUGCCCAGGUUCCGCCGCAACAAAACCGUGCGCUACCGAGUGGUGAACCUGUACGACGACAAACAUCAGAACCCCACCGUCAGCCAGCAGCAGAUCGAGUUCCAGCACCAGCACCUGAACGAGGCCUUCAGCCGCUACAACAUCACCUGGGAGCUGGAGGUGCUGGAGGUGAAGAACUCUUCCCUUCGCCACCGGCUCAUCCUGGCCAACUGCGACAUCAGCAAGAUUGGGGACGAGAACUGUGACCCCGAGUGCAACCACACCCUGACGGGGUACGACGGCGGGGACUGCCGGCACGUCCGCCACACCUUCUCCAACAAGAAGAAGCAGAACGGGGUGUGUGACAUGGAUUGCAAUUAUGAGAGGUACAACUUCGAUGGGGGGGAGUGCUGCAACCCAGAGAUAACAGAAGUCACCAAGACCUGCUUUGACCCGUAUUCUCCUUACAGGGCAUACUUGGAUGUCAAUGAACUUAAGAACAUACUCAAACUGGAUGGAUCCACACACCUCAACAUCUUUUUUGCCAAUUCCUCUGAGGAAGAGCUGGCUGGAGUGGCAACUUGGCCCUGGGACAAAGAAGCCUUGAUGCAUCUAGGUGGCAUUGUGCUGAAUCCCUCCUUCUACGGGAUCCCUGGCCACACACACACCAUGAUCCACGAAAUUGGGCACAGCCUGGGGCUCUACCACGUCUUCCGGGGCAUCUCCGAGAUCCUGUCCUGCAGCGACCCGUGCAUGGAAACAGAGCCCUCCUUCGAGACUGGGGACCUGUGCAGGGACACCAACCCUGCUCCCAAGCACAAGCUGUGUGGGGACCCUGGGCCUGGCAAUGACACCUGUGGGUUCCACAGUUUCCUGAACACGCCCUUCAGUAACUUCAUGAGCUACGCAGAUGACGACUGCACCGACUCCUUCACGCCCAACCAGGUGGCCAGGAUGCACUGCUACCUGGACCUGGUCUACCAGAGCUGGCAGCCCACCAAGAAACCGGCUCCCGUCGCAAUUGCCCCCCAGAUUGUGGCUCGCAGCUCCUCCUCUGUCACCCUGGAGUGGUUUCCACCCAUCGAUGGCCACUUCUUUGAAAGAGAAGUGGGAUCAGCAUGUGAUCUGUGUGCAGAAGGAAGAGUCCUGGUGCAAUACGCCUUCAGCGCCUCUUCUCCCAUGCCCUGCGACCCCUCGGGGCACUGGAGCCCACGGGAGGCAGAAGGGCACCCUGACGUUGAGCAGCCCUGUAAAUCCAGUGUCAGGACGUGGAGUCCCAAUUCGGCCGUCAACCAGCACACGGUGCCCCCAGCCUGCCCUGAGCCCCAGGGCUGCUACCUGCAGCUGGAAUUUCACUAUCCCCUGACCCCAGAGUCACUCACAGUCUGGGUGACGUUCGUUUCCCCGGACUGGGACUCCAGUGGAGCAGUGAAUGACAUCAAGCUGCUCACCGUCAGUGGGAAGAACAUCUCGCUCGGGCCACAGAACGUCUUCUGUGACAUCCCACUGACCAUAAAGCUGGAUGUGGGACAAGUGGGAGAGGAGGUCUAUGGGAUCCAGAUCUACACCUUGGACGAGCACCUGGAAAUCGACGCUGCCAUGCUGAGCUCUGUGCCCCACAGCAGCCUGUGCUCAGGCUGCAAACCCAUCCAGUACAAAGUCGUCCGGGACCCCCCUUUCCAGUCUGGGUCUCCAGUGGUCAUCUCAAACCUCAGCAGGAGAUUUGUUGACACGGAGCUGAGCGACAGGAGCACGUACCGAUACCAGGUGGUGAUUGUGUCCGGGACGGAGGAGAGCGAGCCUUCCCCUGCGCUCGUGUACAUCUCCGGCAGCGGGUACUGCGGAGACGGGAUCAUCCAAAUAGAACUGGGGGAAGAAUGCGAUGACAUGAACAAGAUAAACGGCGACGGCUGUUCCCUGUUCUGCCUGCAGGAGUUGUCCUUUAAUUGCAUUGAUGAGCCCAGCAGGUGCUAUUUCCACGACGGUGAUGGAGUCUGUGAGGAGUUUGAGCAAAUGACCAGCAUCAAAGACUGUGGCGUUUACACUCCCAAAGGCUUCCUGGAUCAGUGGGCUUCCAACGUCUCUGUCUCACACCACAGUGACCAGCAGUGCCCAGGGUGGGUGGUCAUUGGUCAGCCUGCAGCAAGCCAGAUGUGUCGAACCAAGGUGAUCGAUUUGAAUGAUGGUGUCUCCCAGUAUGCCUGGUACCCCUGCACAGCCAACUUCCAGUACUCCCACAUGACACAGACCAUUUUCUGGCUGAAGGCUUAUUUUUCCCAGCCUAUGGUGGCUGCAGCAGUCCUUGUUCACUUGGUCACUGAUGGGACCUACUACCUGGACCAGAAGCAGGAGACCAUCGGUGUGCAGCUGUUUGACACCAAAGAGCAAAGCCACGAUCUUGGUGUCCACGUCCUGAGCUGCAGGAACAAUCCCCUGAUUAUCCCCGUCAUCCAUGACCUCAGUCACCCUUUUUAUCACACCCAGGCUGUCCUCAUUAGCUUCAGCUCCCAGUUUGUGGCCAUCUCCGGGGUGGCCCUGCGUUCCUUCCACAACUUCGACCCCAUCACCAUCAGCAGCUGCCAGCAAGGACAGACCUACAGCCCUGCGGAGCAGAGCUGUGUCCACUACUCCUGUGAGGCCAGCGACUGCCAGAGGCUGGAGAUGGAGAACGCGGUGCUGAACUGCAGCGGCGGCACCGGCUGGGACAACGGCGCCCAGUGCAACGUCAGCUGCAGGACGGGCUACAUCCUGCACAUCCACAGAGAUGAUGAUCUCCUCAAGAGCCAGACGGAGUCCAGCGUCACCAUGACUUGCAUGGAUGGGAAGUGGAACAAGCAGGUGACGUGUGAGCCCGUGGACUGCGGUGUGCCAGACCAGUACCAUGUCUACCCAGCCACCUUCAACUGCAGCGAGGGCACCACCUUUGGCAAGAAAUGCUCCUUCACUUGCCGACCUCCCGCUCUUCUGAAAGGAAACAACAGCAACUUGACCUGCAUGGAGGACGGGCUGUGGUCCUUUCCUGAGGCCCUGUGUGAGCUGAUGUGUCGAGCACCCUCCAUCGUCCCCAACGCAGAUCUCCAGACCUCUCGCUGCCGAGAAGACAAGCACAAAGUAGGCUCGUUCUGCAAGUACAAAUGCAAACCAGGUUACCACGUCCCUGGAUCCUCCAGAAAAUCCAGAAAGCGAGCCUUUAAGAUCCAGUGCACACAGGAUGGCACGUGGCUGCCAGGCGCCUGCGUGCCCGUCACCUGUGACCCUCCACCUUCCAAAUUCCACGGGCUCUACCAGUGCUCCAAUGGCUUCCAGUUCAACAGCGAGUGCCGAAUCAAGUGUGAGGAUGAUGACAGUCAGUCGGGCCGUGGGAGCAACGUGAUCCACUGCAGGAAGGAUGGCACCUGGAGCGGCUCCUUCCACCUGUGCAGGGAGAUGCAGGGGCAGUGUGCUCUGCCCACCCAGCUCAACAGCCACCUGAAGCUGCAGUGCGCCGGCGGCUACGGCAUCGGCACAGAGUGUACCACCUCCUGUCUGGAUCACAGUCACGAGCCCAUCCUCCUGCGUGUGAACGAGACCGUGCAAGACAUCCAGCACUGGAUGAACCCACAGAGAGUGAAGAGUGUUGUCUGCACAGCAGGACUCAAGUGGUACCCUCACCCUUCCCUGAUUCAUUGUGUUAAAGGCUGUGAGCCUUUCAUGGGGGACAAUUACUGUGACUCCAUCAACAACAGAGCCUUCUGCAACUAUGAUGGUGGGGACUGCUGCGCCUCAACAGUCAAGACCAAAAAGGUGACACCGUUUCCUAUGUCCUGUGACCUACAAGGAGAGUGUGCUUGCCGUGACCCCAACGCCCAAGAGCACAACCAGAAAGAUCUCCGUGGCUUCAGUCUUGGGUAAAGCCAAGUGACAUGGAAAGGAGGACCACACUGCUCAAGGCAGGCUAGGAGAGACACCACAUCCCUUUUGGUAUCGUUUUUAACAUUUAGCUGCUCAACUGGAUGGCAUUUCUGCACCAGGGACCCUUAGAAUUCAACCAGUCUGCCUUUAAUUUUUGUCCAAGGAGAACUCAAAGUUGGGGUUUAUGUAUUAAUUAUAUCUUAAAUAGUGAUGAUGAGAAAAAAACAACCAAGAGUCAAGUCAAGACGACUUUCAUGUAUCAAAACAGCAUGUUAUGCCCACCUAAUUUGAACAGUUCAUAUCUAGAUUCAAGGCGAGAAACAAACUAUUUAUGUACACAUAUUUAUAGAAAUAAGUAGAGAAAGAGUGAGAGAAAGAGUGAGAGAUUAUGAUCAACGCAAAAACACUUUCACCUCCUCAGCACUCACAACUCAGACCGUUCGUGCAGGAGGCUGAGCUCUUGGAGGACUCCGAGCUGAGCCUUUUCUGAUGCUGAAUGCCAAGGUAUCGCAUGCUCGAGGCACUGUGGUUGGGGUGGGAUCUCCACAGGGCUGGGGCUCUGGGCAAGUGACGUGCCAGGCUCCCGGCCAGCUCGAGAUGUGGGAUGCAUCUGCUCCUCACAGGAAUGCUACUUCCAGCCAGGCAGCUCAGCAGACUGCAGGGGCCUUUCUGUACAGCUCCUCCUUCUCCCCCUGCCCUCAAAGAGCCAACAAAAAGCCCCCUUGUAGCCUGCAGGGCUUCUGGGACGUUUCUGUGAGGAGAUGGGCAGUGGUCCCCUGGUGGAGUGAGGGAGUGUGGAGUCAAAGGACUGGCAUUGAGAACAUGGGUGAUUGCUUCUGAGGAGCACAGAGAGGGGAACCCGCGCCCACACUUGUCAUUUGAGCAUGUCUGCUGCUGCUACUCCUGCUGCUAUGUCCCAUACAAAUAGUUUCCUUACUGUGUCAGGACAGGGUGAAAAACAACCCCAUGCAACCAAACAGUCUGCCUUAAAGCUUACCUACAACCUGCCUUUCAAGCCCUCUGGUCUCUUCCUCAGCAUUGGGGCAAGAAAACAGGACACCAGCCAGCCAAAGGAAUCUGCUUUCUGGUCUCCACCCUGUCAAGUGGCUCUCCAGGCCUCCUCCACCCCACUCUUAUGGUGAUCUGAUUCUGACAACUGCUUCGUGCUCCUGUUGUUACGGGAGAGGGGAAGAGGAGGAGGAGACACCUGCAGUGAGGAAAGGCCCGUAGGAGACAGUAUUAGAAUUUUGGCCAUAUUUGUCAGUAUUAAACUGCCAGGCCAGUGGGUCAGAACCCUUGGGAUAGACCAGGAGCCUAGCUGUUUGUAAUCUUCCAGAAAGAAGGGCAUUAGCUGCAGCAGACCUCACACUUCCCUGUCAUUGUUCUGCUUCAGCCCAGAGGGGAGCAUGUGCCAGACCCUUGGUGAUUCCCUUCCUCACAGGGUUCAUUACAUUGAGUCACUGAGAUACCCAGGGCAUCCAAUGCUGCUGCUGCUACAGCCCAUCCCAGGGAAAUCCCAGAGAUCAUUCCAGCGUGGCUUGGGCGUGUGUCUGCUGCUCCAAGCUCCUGCUAGGAAAAACACACAUCCAAAAGAGCAUCCUUCCCAGUGUUAAGUUUGUUUUUUCCUUGGGACUGUCAUGACUUGCACAGUCUACUGGGUAAAGAGAAAAAGAUUUUUUCUAACUCCUACUUUAGGCACUGGAGCAAGGCAGAAGGGUAAGGGGAGGGGUCAUUUAGCUCAUGGAGAUGGAUGUAAAGAUGAUUUGGAGAACUAGAAAUGGAAAAAAUUAUAGAAUAAUAGGUGCAAGGAGCCAGGUUCUUAUUACCCACUGUUGGGGUUGUUUCUAUUGGAAUGAACCAGAGGAGAAUAUCAAUAACUAAAGUAGAGGCCUGGAGAGGUGAUUGUCAUUGAGAAGGUGAGGAGCUCUCUGUUGUGAAGCUGCAGCUCUUCCUAGAGAAGGAGUGGCCAUGGGAGCUGUGCAGAUGGCUCUGCCCCCUCUGUGCAGGGCUGUCCUGGAAAGGGAGGCACAGUGGGAUCAGGGUUUCUGCCAUGGAGUUAGACUGAACAUCCCCCACUUUUGCCCUCACCUUCUGAUAUGGGAAGUAAAUAAUUGUGCAAAGGUUGCUGCUUCCUUCUGAUCCCUUUGUCCUCCCCGGUUUUGUUGUCAGUUUGUUCUUGUGCUACCCAGCCUGUCAGAGGAGCUCACACCCUCAAAAACCUUUCAGACUGACAACACUUCAUGUCCACAAUGCCUGAGGCAUCUUGGCAUGAUUUCCCCUCUCCAUCCCACCUCGGUUUCAUCCCAGCAGGGAGCCUCAGUUCAGCUCCUGAGUGCAUCCUGAAAAUGCCCUUCCCAGUGCAGAGCUCAGCCUGGAGGAGAUUUCCCAUCUGCUUUUCCCACUUGGACAGUGCCCAGGAGAGACAGGUCCGUACAGACAUUAUUGCCACUUGCUGCUGUGGGCUCACAGGAGCUCAAGGCCAGCUGAGCCCCUCUGGCCAGCCAGGGCCAGCCCCUGCUCAGGGGAGACAGUUGCUUCUCACCAGCAUAGCCUCACUCCUCAGCUUCCCUCCUGAAGUCCUGGUGUGCCCCAACUCCCUUUCCCACUGGCAGGCUUUCCAUGCUGCUAUUUGAU